CUGACAGCGCGGUUUAUAUGUUGUUUAUUUUGUCUGUGAUCAUGUCAAAGUUCCCCAAAUGCAAUUAGGGUGAUGUUUAGCAUUGGCAAGGAUGUCUAAGCAUUCGGGUCCCUGUGGUGGAGAGUCGCACAUGGGCAUCGAGAGCACUUUUCUGGAGGAGCUGCGCAAGUACAUCCAGUCCGAAAAAGAACAUUUAUCAACAGAAAGGGGCCACGAGGAGCAACGAUUUAUUAUUUACAGCUAUGCUUUUGACAAAGUGAUAGAGCAUGUAACUGCAUACAAGAGAAUUUUAACAACUAUCAAGAAAGAGUACGAAGACUUCAUAAACCAUGUGAAAAAGAGUGGCAGAGAUGCCAAACUGGCUCAGAGGAAGCUGAAGGGAGUGAUUGCACAGCCCACUUCUCUCAUGUACUGUCACAGAAGAGCUGAACAACUUCGAGAGAGGAUUGCAAUCAUUUGCAGAGACACUGCUGAGAUGCAGGCGUUAGGCAAUGCUGAGCUACAGAGAAUCGAACAGAACAGGAAAGACAAGCAACCCUCUGAAGAGCAGAAGGAAUCAGACACAGACAUAGCUCAACCCAUUGGACAAAUACCAGGCCUGUCCUUUGAAGAGUCGAUGAACCCCUCGGCCCUGGCCAACUACCUGGAGGUCCUGGAGAUGAAGCGCGAGGACCUGUGGGACCUGAAGAAGAACCACUACGUCCCCUUGCAGGUCAAGGCAGACCUGGACGCCAAGGUCACCGCCGCCCUCGACCGCAGAGACGAGCUGGUCCUGGAGAACGACCAGCUUCAGCUGCGUCUCCAACAACUGCAGUGUGUGAAUGAAGCUAUUUCCUCCUGGUCGAGAGAGGAAGAUGGUCCAUUGGUUCAGUAUCUCUCUGAAAAACUGAAGAUCAUAGUUGACAUGAAAGUAUCGGAUGCAGUUGAUCAGAGCAGUGGAUAUGAGGAUGACGAUCCCACUAAAGUCAACGAAUCAGAGUUACUUGUUGAAUGCAUUGAGAGGUUCAUAGACCUGUUUGAAAACGGUGAGUAUGAGGCAGCGGCCUUCCAUGCUGCCAAGUCUCCGCACGGGGUGCUCAGGAACAUGGCCACCAUGGAGAAGUUCAAAGCCAUCACAGAGUACCAGGGUGCGGUGCCCCCUCUGCUGCUCUUCUUCCAGGCCAUAAUGAACUCGGUGCAGGACGAGCGUCAGCUGCCUGCUGAGGACCUGUCAGUGGAGGCCGUCCGCUGCGCCCUGCAGCACAACUUUGUGGAGCUCGUCACACACUGGGUCACACAGCGCAGGCUGGCGUAUACCGAAGCUCUCGGUGACGUCAUCUGUGGCCAUGGGGACAAGAAGCUGCGCAUGACGGACACCUGCCUGGCCCUGGCGCAGAUCGUCUACUCGGCCUGUGGCAUGCAGAGGAAGGCAGCCCUCACCAUGUGCAAGAGAGGAAUGACCUUUGGAGCCAUCGAGUACAUUCACCAGAACAAGAACUUCACUGACGAGGACUGCCUGCAUGUGCUGCGCGGGUGUCCCAGCAUGGCGCUGCUGCAGGCCCUGACGCAGGAGUAUAAGGGCCGGCUGGCCAUCCUGUCUGUGGGCUACGCGUGCCAGGCGCUCUUCAACUCCGACCUGGAGGACCUGGCCCUGGACCUACUGGAGGAGAUACACACAGGACGCCAAGGUUCUCUGGAGAAAACCAUUACGGAGGACACCAGGUGCACUGCCAAGGGCUGGCAUGAGAUCGCCAACCACUGCUUCCAGAAGAACUACCAUCAGCUGGCGCAGGAGAUCAAUGGCAUCUUGCAGUAUGCCAUGUGUUUCACGACCGCCAAGGAGGAUAAGCCCAUGGACCAUGUGCUGCUGUAGAGCCGCUAGAGCCCACUAGAGGGCGCUAAUCAGGCAAAUAUAGUAAGUCCCAGGCCUUCAAGGCACUAUUGACAGCUUUUUACCCCCGACAUGUGAUGUUUUUUUUUAAUCAAUAAUAACAGAAUGUUGCCAUACUUUUGGUUAUAAACAGUGCCAUGUUUUACAGUGUCACACUUAUAUUUGCA